ACCUACCAACAUGCAUUUCACCAUGGACAGCGUGACCGACGGUCGUCUGGUGCACGAGAGCAUGUCCGUCAACAUGGUGGGCCGCCCCGCCUAGUGCCGGGCAAGUGGGCCAGGCCCUGCAGCUCGACGGCGAAGACGAUGUCAUCGACUUUGGGGUUCAAGGCCGUAGCUGCUUCGGCAACCUUGACUUAUGUCCCCAUGGCGUGACCCUCGCCCUGUGGCUGAAGCCGGAGCGACUCCUGGACCGGAUGUACUUCCUGUCUUCUGGCAACAACGGGCUCAGUAUCAGUUACGCUGACAAAAAGCUGCAGGUCACGGCCGCCACCACGACACACACAUGGACUGUCUCCACGGCUGACUUCCCACCGGACAGGUGGCACUUCCUGGAGGUGUCCUUCCACCCGGAACGAGGCCUCCGUCUGUAUGAUGGUACCCGUCUGGUUGCCGAGAGCUCGGUGAGCCUGGCCCGCAAUGUAUCAGCACCCGAGAGCCUGGAAAUGGACCGCUUCUACAUGGGACGGGGCAAUGUGGACAUGUCCAGCAACCGCCACGCCGGCGGUGUGUAUGAUGAACUGGACGUGUGGUAUGCUGACCGCGACUAUCUGACAUCACAUGGCUUCCUGCAGAGAAGUCAGCCAGAGAACAUCAUCGUACCUUUCGAGGAAUCUCGCGACUUCACCCAGAUAAUUCACCCCACUUUGGAUAUCCGUCUGAUUGGGCGGCCCGGACUGUGCCAGGCAAGAUCGGCAACGCCUUGGAGCUGAGGGGCCGCGGACAGUACGCCGACCUGGGCGCAAUGGGCCACACCUGCAUGGGCAACCUGGCCCGCUGCACGCAAGGCAUUACUCUGUCGGCUUGGAUGAAGUUCCGCAGCUUUGAGAAUGAUAUGGUCUUCCUGUCCACGGGACAGAACGGCCUGUUGAUGAUAUACCGCGACGGAUACGUCCACGUCAGCGCCGACGGCAGAGGUCUGGUGACGACUCCCAGGUUCGAAACGGACCGCUGGUACCACGUGGAAAUCUCCUGGCACCCGAGCUAUGGCCUGCGUCUCUACGUGGACAACGAGCUGAAGGCCGACUCCCCCCGCGUCCCCAUUGACGACCGCGGACAAGACGGUGAAGGGCGCUUCUACAUCGGUCGCCCCAACAACGGAGACAUGCCCGGAGGCCACUACACCACCGGCAACUUUGACAUCGAUGAACUGGAGGUGUGGUACGGUCGUCGUGAGGACCUCAUCGCCUUCGGCUACAUCGACCGAGGCUCACCUGUCUCAUCAAACUCACACGAUCUGGGCUACGAGGCUUUCUCCAUGGAUAACGCCAUCGGCAACCGCAUCGACCACAACAAAUACGUCGUGCUUCUAGCGAACGGAGCCAGCCUGGUGUCAGGUCACGUGGGGCAGGCCGUCGCCCUGGACGGACGAGGGCAGUACGUUGACCUGGGGUCGCAUAUUGACAGCUGCCUGGGCAACCUGGAUCUGUGCCCGCACGGAUUCACCAUGUCGGUGUGGCUCAAGCCGGGCGAGCUACGUGAAAACACCCACUACAUCGCCGGGCCCGCCUACUCCCUCUUCUACGAGGACGGCGAGCUCAAGGCCGAGUUCAGCGCCAAGGGUCGUGCCUGGAACGUGGCCACGCCCAACUUCCACUCUGGGGAGUGGCAGCGCGUGACCCUGGCCUGGCAUGCCAAAAGGGGCCUGAGCAUGUUCGUCAACGACGAGCUGAUGGACACAUCCUCCGGCGAGGACCGCGUGCAGGACAAUCAGCCAGCAUCCGACCACGUGUACCUCGGUCGCAACCUGGUCGACACGCGUCUGACGGCCGACGUGCAAGCGGACGAGCUGCAGGUGUGGUACGACCAACUGGACCAGCUGCGGGCCACCGGCAGGUACGAAGUGCAAAUCAUGCCUCGCCUCAUUAGCUUCGACAACUGGCGGGACGGACGCCUGACGCUGAGAGACCGAGUCAUCUACGCCAUCGGAGAGGUCCGUCUCGUCCCAGGUCUGGGUCAAGGUUCCUCGGCAGUGUACCUGGACGGUCAUACUCAGUACAUCGACCUGGGCUCAAACUUCACCUGUAACGGCAACCUCGACAUGUGCCGACAAGGUGCUACCAUCAGACUGGCGCUAAAGCCCAACCAGCUAGUGGAUGGAGCCUACAUCCUGGACAGCUUCCCCGUCAAGGUGUAUUACAAAGAUGGCCGUAUCUACGCUGAGAUGCAGACUUCAACACAGGUGUGGCAAGUCAACACCGCCGACAUCAAUCCGGGAGAAUGGUCCAGGAUGGAGCUGACAUGGCACCCGACCUUCGGUCUGGCGCUGUACGUCAACGGCCGGCGGGUAGGUUACCAGACUUUCCCCCGCACCCGUCCACCCGUCAGUAACAGCGACUGGCGCUCCUUCCUGGGCCGACCGCUCAACGACGCCGACGGCAGCCACGCCAACAUUUAUGUUGACAACCUGGAGUUCUACAACGGUUACCAGAGCUACAUCCCACAGGACAAUUACUUGUCCUUGAUCCAACAGCAGGAACCACUGCCAGGGAUCACCACCGAGAUUAUUUGGGUGGAUCCAGUGACUACUCAGCGGCCACCAAUCAUACAACCACGUCCAGCCAGCCCAACUACCAUCAUUCGUUUUAAUGGAGCUUCCUACGUCAAGUUUGAUUUUUCACAGCUUCCAUCACAGUAUCUCACCUACUCUCCAGAUGAAGAGUUUUCAUUCUGGUUUUUGACUGACCAACCAGAAGGUCUUCUCUGGUAUCAUCAGGAGCCCAAAAGAAACCUUUACCUGGCUAUAAAGGAUGGCUAUUUAGUGUUUGUAAAUGACAAUAAAAGUAGUCCACCAGAAGAAGUAUACAUUGGUCGUCGGGAUGGUAAACGCUUCAAUGACUUCAAGUGGUAUAAGAUUAACAUUCGCCGGUCUGGAAGAAGAAUUCGUAUAACAGUGGACGAUAAGUAUCCAGAAGAGUACAUCUUUUCAGAAAAUGUGCAGUUUCUCGUUCGUGCUUUAGUUUAUCUUGGUGGCAGUGAUAACACCAUAGAUAAAACAAGAAGCAACAUUAGGCAGGAUCUUAAAGGUGGUUUAGCAGAAGUUGUCGUAUGUCACCCAUCAAAGAGAGGGUGAUCGGAUCAUUCGAAAUGAGGUCAAUCUUAUCGCACAGCUGGCUAAGGGGGAUAUAUUUGGUCAAGUUGAAAUCCAGACUUUACCAUACCCCUUUAAUGGCGGCGGAGUAU